AUGGAAAGCUGUCCGGUUCGCAGAAGAAGUAGACCUUGUCCCAUACUGUGUGUUGCUAAAGCUUUGCUGUUUGCGUUGGUUGCUGUGUUUAUUUUGUACUUGCCGCUAGGUGAUCCUAGAGACCAGUGCGGUUCUAACUGCGAGGGCAAGCUGCUGGGUGUGUGCUGUCUUUGUGAUAUAUAUAAUGCGUCCAUUAAACUUGGUAAAAAACCAUUAGAACUAGUAGAGCAUCUACUGUGUACGCUCCAGAAUCUGCUGUACGAUCUAAAAAUGAAAUUCUACGCAAUGUUGAAGAGAGUGGACCACGAUGACCUGUGUCGGUCCAUUUGCUCUUCGGAUAGCACAGUUAAAGCAGAAGACGGUAAAGACAGACCAGGUUGCAGAUGUUCGAGGCGAUGCUGUAGAAAGAGAGCUCAAUCA